UUUGGUAAAAACAAAUUAAUUUAAAAACUUUUAUUCAACGCGUACAACGUUAUAAUGUAUAAAUCAUAAAUUAAACCAAUAAAAAAAAUAACUGUUAAAAUCAGAUGUUAACCCCUCUUUUUGACAUAAAGUAUUUUGCAAAAAUCAGCUUUAAAAUGCAAAGACAACAAAGAUUAACUAAAGAAUUAGCGAAAUUAUCUCGACAACCAACUCCGGGAAUUUCAGUGAGUGCCAAAGAUGAUAAAUUAAAUAGUUUGGAAGCGAGUAUCUUAGGUCCAGAAAAUACACCAUACGAAGACGGUGUUUUUCAUUUAGAUCUUUUAAUUCCUGACGAUUACCCUUUUAAUCCUCCUUCAAUCAAGUUUAUUACUAAAGUUUAUCAUCCUAAUAUUGAUGACAAUGGACGAAUAUGUUUGGAUUUACUAAAAAUGCCUCCAACAGGAAAUUGGAAACCUACGAUUGGAAUUGAAGGAUUGCUUAUAGCAAUUAGGAUGUUAUUGGGAAAUCCGAACCCUAAAGAUCCUUUAAUGGCUGAUAUCGCUGAAGAAUUUUUAACAAAUAAAAAGGAAUUUGAAAAGAAAGCAAAAGAAUAUUGUAAAAAGUAUGCUUAAGAGUUAUAAUAAAGUAUUUUUGUAAUAA